AUGGAGCAGCCUCUGGUCAAGGUGGUCGGUGGCCGCGAAUACGCUGCCACGGGCGCCAAGUUUGGACCCUCUCACCUGCCCGUCAAUGCUAUGGCUCACGUGAAUAAGUCGGCGCAGCAGGAUCUCGCAAUGUCCGCCGUCGUUUACGUACUAAACCCCUCCCUGCGUGACUUUGAAAGUAGAAAGAUUGCUGACAUUCGCGCUCUACAGGACAAGCAAUCCCCCGACGUCGACACUGGCAAGCACUUAGUCAUACCUACCAGCCCCCAGCGUGGUCCCGUCACGUCUACCUUUCGCCCGCUGCCCAAGAUCUCCAAGCCCAACGGUAAGCCACCUGCUCGCACGAUUUGGAUGCCUCGUCAGUUCCGCGUGUGGCGCGAGGAGACUCCCCUUAUCACCGUCCCCCCUCCUCGUUUGUCGAAAGCAUACGCGACCUCGGAUACUCUGAAGUUCAACAGCGCCAAGUCCACGGGAAACCUGAGCGCAAGCUACUACACCUCGACGGCGCGGAAAGAGGAGCUCGCAAAGCUUGCCAACAACCUGAAGCAAUGA